ACUGUCACUAACGACAAACCGCUUAUCUCCGGUCACCAUUCCAUCAUUCUCAUUCUCUCUCUCUCUCCCUCUCCGUCUCAAAUUAUUUUGCUCUCGCCGGCCAUAAAACUUAAAAACCCAAACAAACAAAAAAUUAAAAAAACCAAAUAAAUAAAUAAAUAAAUUGAAUAUUCUUAACAAAGCAAUAAUUACAAACACUUUAGAAUUAGAUAUUGUUUGUUUCUUCAUUCUUCAGGAACAUUCAUUGAACACGCUUCCGUUUCGUGAAGAUUCCAUCCAUGGUGGCCAGAGGCGUGCCGGUGGAUGUGAUGGCGGCGGUGGCCGGGGCAACCCUUCGCUUCACAGAAUCCUCUAACUGGUGGCGGGAUAUCAACAACUCUCCGGUCUGGCAGGAUCUCAUCUUCCACGUCCUCGCCGCCCUCUACGGAAUCGUAGCCGCCAUCGCUUUGGUUCAACUAGUUCGAAUACAAUUGAGAGUGCCGGAAUAUGGUUGGACCACGCAGAAGGUCUUUCACUUUCUCAAUUUUUUGGUGAAUGGGGUUCGAUGUUUUGUUUUCAUCUUCCGUCGAAAUGUGCAGAAGUUACAGCCAGAGAUUGUCCAACAUAUCUUACUUGACAUGCCUAGUCUUGCUUUCUUUACAACUUAUGCGCUUUUGGUCCUGUUCUGGGCUGAGAUUUAUUACCAGGCACGAGCUGUAUCUACCGAUGGUCUUAGACCAAGUUUCUAUACAAUUAAUGCUGUGGUUUAUGUUAUUCAGAUUGCGCUGUGGUUGAUAUUAUGGUGGAAACCUAUCAGAGUUCUGGUCAUCCUGUCUAAGAUGUUCUUUGCAGGGGUGUCUUUGUUUGCAGCCCUUGGCUUUCUUCUCUAUGGUGGGAGACUUUUCUUGAUGCUGCAACGCUUUCCUGUUGAAUCCAAAGGUCGACGUAAGAAGCUGCAAGAGGUUGGUUACGUGACUACCAUAUGUUUUUCAUGUUUCCUUAUCAGAUGUGUUAUGAUGUGCUUUAAUGCUUUUGAUCAAGCUGCUGACCUCGAUGUCUUGGACCAUCCCAUUCUAAACUUCAUAUAUUACCUGUUGGUGGAAAUAUUGCCUUCUUCUUUGGUCCUUUUCAUUUUGAGGAAGUUGCCACCCAAGCGGGGUAUCACUCAAUAUCACCCAAUUCGCUGAAAAGAUUAACAUAUGGAGAAAACCUAAUCAGAGGGUGUCUUUAGUGGUUCUCUGUUUUCUUGGAUGUUUCUCGCUCUCCAAUGAUAAAAUCUAGAGGACAGAGAAGUCAAUCUUUUCUAUGUUGAGUGACAAAGCUAAUAUCAUGGUUUUAAAGUUCUUCCUUAAGGUUUGUAGAUCUUUAAACGUGACAUUUUAUGGAUUGUCAAACGUGUUGGGCUGUGUUACGUUUGAUAUUUGCAUUGUCUCUAGGAAAAUGUGGUUGCUUUUUCAGGUUCAGCAA